AUGUCGUUCACCCAAGCUGAAGUUGCACCAUUAGUUGGGGGAAGAAGGGAAAGUAAUGUUCCAAGACGGAGGGUCCCACAACAUGUUCCAACGUUUGAGCAGUCCAUGUAUUCUGUCGAUGCCUCGGAGAAAAUGGAUAGAAGGUCACUUUGCAGCCGACUUUGUACCCAGGCAAAACAUGAUUGUUGUGUGGGGAAAGCAGGUGAAUUGGACAUCAAUUACUAUGAAGACACGUACAAUGAUGAGCCUUGGGGAUGUACUUGUGGGACUAGCGAAAGCAAUGGAAUAUGGACAAACCAUGGUGAUAAAGUUGGGACUAUCAUGAGUUCUAUGGUGUGGAUAUUAUACAUGUUUGCGAUCCUGACAAUGUCACUGUUGGCAAAAAACAAUAGUAUACGACCAGGAAUUGCGAUGACAUUCAUUACGUUAGCUACUCUCGCACUGGCCUCACAUGGCAAGACAAUGUUGACAGACCCAGGGUCCAUACCGCAAGAAGCAGUUCCUUUGCCAAUUCUUUUCACAAAGGGCGUCACAACCCAUGCAAUGUGUUCGCACUGUCAAACCUACAAGCCACCAGGCGCACACCAUUGCCGAAUAUGCAACAGAUGUAUAAGUGGGAUGGAUCACCACUGUCCGUGGAUGAACAAUUGUGUCGGAGCCAACAACUUCAAGCACUUCAUUUUAUUUCUUUGCUACACAUGGACCGGGUGUGCAUACGCGCUGAUUGUCUUUGGGAUCAACUACUUCUUCUGCAAUAGUGAUGAAUGUGUGUUCCCAGAUCUUGUUGUUUUGUUGGUUCGGGUUAUGACCAUUCUUUGUAUCAUGACGAUGCUAUUUGUGUCGUCCAUGUUGUUGAAUGUGAUUUACGGAAUAAUGACUGGAAUUGGAACAAUUGAUCGGCUAAAGAAAAAGGCUAGCGGAACGCUUUACGAUGCUGAGGAUGAACCGAUGCCGUUGAAGGAUGUAUUUGGACUUCAAGGAUACUGGACAUGGUUUCUUCCUGUGGAUCCUGUCUUCGAAGACUAUGAUAGAGUCAUGGGAUAUGCAAUACCCGACAGACUCAAACGAGAGCGAGACAUCAAUGUGUAA